UAUGUUCUGUUGUUGUGCGCGUCCCUGCGUAUAGGAAAAAAUGGUUUUAAAUGAUUAAAAAUCGUUUAUUUUUUAAGAAAAUAUGUUGAGCUAAUCUUGAAAUGUUAUAUCUAUUAAACUUAUGUCUUUAUUUCUCAACGUUUUGAUAGGAAUACGACUGAUCUACCUCAACCAAAUAUCGGUAGUAUACUCCGUGCUCAGAAAGCAAAAUGGCUGAAAUUGUGUACCCACCAGGUUGCCGGCCUAUAAGUGACGAUCUGAAUACAGAUGAAUUGAUCCGUCGAUUAAAAACCUUGGCACAUACACUUCAAGCUAUGGGCCAAGAUGACGGAGCUUACAAACAGUAUAUCCCAUUGUCCCUCCACCUUGCCGAGGAACAAUUCCUUUCUCACCCUUCUCGAGACGUUCAGCUGCUCAUAGCUUGCUGCAUAGCUGAUGUACUUCGGGUGUAUGCCCCGGAAGCUCCGUACAAAGACCCAGAUCAAGUCAAAACUAUAUUUUUGUUUCUCAUCACACAACUGUCGGGUCUAAAAGAUCCUAAAGAUGCAGCGUUUAAGAGAUAUUUUUAUUUGUUAGAAAAUCUGGCAUAUGUUAAGUCGUUUAACAUGUGUUUCGAACUUCAGGAUUGCCAGGAAAUAUUUUGUGCUCUGUUCCAUUUGAUGUUUAAGAUAGUAAAUGAUGAACACUCGGGAAGAGUGAAAAGUUUCAUGUUAGACGUUUUGUGCCCCCUCAUAACCGAAAGUGACAUGGUCAGUAAUGAUCUGCUGGAUAUCAUUUUAAUGAAUAUAGUCGAACCCAAUAAAACACAGCAGAAGAACGCUUAUUACCUAGCCAAAGAAUUAAUAGUGAAAACAUCGGAAACCUUGGAGCCUUACAUACAAGCUUUCUUCAAUCAUGUUCUUAUAUUAGGAAAAGAAGAUAAAAACUUGCAGAUUUGUGGAAAGGUAUAUGACUUGAUUUACGAGUUAAAUCACAUCUGUCCUCAAAUAUUACUAGCUGUUUUGCCUCAAUUGGAGUGUAAGUUGAAAAGCCCCCUAGAAAACGAAAGAUUAGCGGCAGUAGCCCUUUUAGCUAAAAUGUUCAGUGAGAAAGAUUCAGAAUUGGCAAGACGACACACGUCACUAUGGAGGGCAUUUUUAGGUAGAUUCAAUGAUAUUUCGAUAGCAAUCAGAACCAAGUGCGUUCAGUACUCUAUGCAUUUCCUCUUAAAUCAUCCCGAUUUGAGGAAAGACAUCACAGACACGCUGAAAAUGAGACAACACGACUCGGAGGAAAAUGUGAGGUACCAGGUGGUCAUGGCUAUCGUAACUACUGCAAGAAACGAUUUUCAGGUAGUGUCUGACUCUGAAGACCUUUUAGAAUUUGUGAAGGAAAGGACGCUAGAUAAAAAAUUUAAAAUUCGCAAGGAGGCCAUGUCUGGACUGGCCUUAAUAUAUAGAAAGCAUCUGAGUGAUCCCGAUGUACCAAAUGCAACAAAGAAGGCGGUGACGUGGAUAAAAGAUAAGAUUCUUCACGGUUAUUACAUGGCUGGUAUGGAAGACCGUCUGUUGGUUGAACGUUUGUUGAACACUUGUCUCGUACCGUACCAAUUGCCAGCCGCAGAAAGAAUGAAGAAACUGUACCACCUGUUGGGUACCGUAGAUGAGCAUGCUACUAAGGCGUUUAUGGAGCUGCAGAAGAAUCAGUUAUGUGUGAGAAAGCUCGUAUUGGAGUGGUUGGAAUUACACAGAAGACCCAUUCAAACGGCGGAAUUGCAAAAAGAAAUGGCCCUUAAAGUUCAGGCUUUAUCGAGGUGCCUACCUGAACCUGUCAAAGCUCAUGAAUUUCUGACGAAAUUUAGUAAUCACCUUAAACGUGACUCGUCUCUACUUGAACAUUUUGAAAUUGUCGCCAGGCCUUCAGUGAGUUGCAAGGAAUGCUCGGAAGCAACAGCCACUGUGUUAAAAAAAUUGGGUCCGCCUGUAAUGACCAAUCUCUACUAUAACACGGUGAAAAUGCUGUUGGAACGUAUCAGCUCUGUCAUGAUCGAUCAUGAAGCCAUUAGAUUACUUGUUGGAUAUGUCGAGGAUUGUUUGAGGGGCGGCAAUACCAUAGAAGAGGUAGGAUUGCACCCUGCAACUGCUGGUGAUCGUGGUCUUAAGUUAUUGGUGAUGUUAAGCGUCGUGUUUCCCUGUCAUUUUCACUAUGCCGAUGUUCUGGAACAGUUGAUGGGACUGCUCAGAUUGGAAGAUGAAAAUGUGGCGCCUCUGGUACUGUCCGUGUUCACUUUCCUUGGCAAAUAUAGAUGUCUGUAUGAACAGUUUCCCGAUUUGAUGGAUUCGAUGGCGCCUAUUUGCAAAGAACUGGCUCAAACUGGCACACCGAAGCAAGCGAAAGGUGCUAUCCACUGUAUAUUUAAAAAUAUGCCUUACGAAAACAUAUUCCCGGGUAUAUUAGAGUCUUUAAAGAACAAUUUAACCCCAGAAUCACCUCAUUACAGAACUGCCAUUGUCACCCUCGGACAUAUCGCCUUCAAUGUUCCAGAGCGCUACAAAGUUCAAAUCAAAAACAUCGUUUCCAGAAAGAUUGUAAAAGAACUUCUAGUUAAAGAGGCACGGGAAGGCGAGAGUGAGAUAAAGGACUCGGAGCCCUGGUGUUCCGAGGAGGAACUUCCCGAAGAAACCAGAUGUAAAGUAGAGGGCCUCAAGGCGAUGGCGAGAUGGCUCCUCGGUUUAAAGCAAGAUACGGCGUCUGCCCAGAAAACAUUCAGAAUGCUGAACGCGUUCAUACUGCACAAAGGCGACCUGCUGCAGUCCGGCAGACUCUCCAAAGCUGAAAUGUCUUGGCUUAGAUUGGCCGCCGGUUGCGCCAUGCUUAAGGUUUGCGAACAGAAAGGCGUCGGCGAUCAGUACACCGCCGAACAGUUCUACAACCUCUCCCAACUGAUGGUGGACGAAGUGAAACAGGUUCGGGAGAUUUUCUCCGCAAAACUACACAAAGGGCUCAGCAAGGGCCUGCCUAACAAGUGCUUGCCUCUGGAUUUCAUGGGGUAUUACGCGCUUGCGGGCAGAGAAAUGGAAAAUCGCCUGCGAACUACGGUACGUAAUUACAUGAUUGCAGAUAUUAAUCGUAGGCGCGACUAUGUUAAAACCCUGACAAUGGGCGCUGGACAGGCGGACAAGGCAAUGAGUCAGCUACCACAUAUCUUACCCGAUUAUAUGCUUGUAUUUGCUGUACCAGUUUUAGCGCACGAUCCCCACCUUUCAAAGUGGGACGAUGUGCAAGAGUUGACUAAAGCCAAGCAGUGUUUGUGGUUCAUACUGGAACCGCUGGUAACCAAGAGCGAUUAUUUCAGCUACGGCUUUUACAAAACCCUCAUCGAGAGGAUGAAAAAUCACAAGGACGCCGUUAGGCCGGACGACGACUGCAUAAAUUACAAACUGUGGGCUCUUUGCGACCUCGCCUCCGGCUUACUCCUGACGAGAACCACGAAUUACGACUUGAAGGAUUUCCCCACCGAUACCCGUAUCCCCACCAUGUAUUUCUCGCCGCAGCAUGAUUUCGUGAAUACCCGUGUUUUUCUACCGCCGGAAUUGCAGUACCAGCCCAACAAGAAGACCAGCAUAACACUCUCCAUGUUGAACAGUGAUAAGCAGAAGAAGCCCAAGCCCAAGAAGCCCGAAGGAUGCGGACCGUUAGGUACUGACGUGCAGCCCUCGGAAGCAUCGGAUACAAAAAUACAGUUGCCCGGCUUAGAGGAAGAAGUGGACGAACCUCCAGCAAAAAGACUUCGAGAAGGGAUAAAAGUGGACGUUGAAAAGUGAUUGUGUAAAUAUAGACAUGUAAAGUGAGAUCUCUAGGGGCCAAAAGCUGGCUGGACCCUUUUGUGCUUAUUUACAGUUAGUCUAACUUACGUACAUUAAAUGUUAGUGAUUAGUUUUUUCCACCUCUUAUUUUACAUGUACAUUUAGCUGAUAGUGUUUAGAGUAAUACCACACUGUAUUUAAGAGCUUCUAUAGUAUGGACUUUGGUGUGAGAGGUUCCGAUUCCUGUAUACAAAUAGUCUGUAAGAAUUGAUACGAGAAGUUAUUUUUAUAUGCUGGGUGUAUUUUUUCCAGAAUUGGCAAGGCUUGCUGUCCUGUGCUGUUUCUUUAUUUAUUAUUUCUUAAGUCUAAAAAGUUUUUUUUACAAACUUUGGAUCCAGAUUUUAUUAUUGCAAGUUGUAAGUUGCAUUAUUAUUUAGAUAUGGUUUGAAUAGAUGUAAACAUUCUAUACAUACUUUGUUAGUGUAGUCUCGCAGCAAUUUAAUUUCAUUCAAUUUUAUGGUAUUGACCACCUGAUGUAACAAUACAGUAUGAUGGUUGUUUAGUUUUUGGUAUACAUUUUCUACUAAGUAAUUGAUAUAAUUGUACAAAAGUUAUUUAAUAAACAAUUGUCUACUGUA